GGAUAUUUUUGAUUUUCUGAUAGAAGAAGCUUUCUGACCCAAAACGAGAGAGAGAUCACUAGAGAAGAAGACGCGAAAAGGAGAAUACAUCGAAGAAGCAAAGAGAUUCGCACAAGCACACUGGACGAUCAAACAAGAGAUCGAUUCGAUUCUCUCCGCAAAGAAACAGAGUUGAUUCCGAUCAUAUCCCCAAUAGAUUGUGUUGUUUCUGGGAAGAAAAUGGCGGUUUAUGAUCAUAGCGGAGACAUUAACAGUACUCAGCUCGAUACAUCGAGGAAGAGGAAAUCGAGAAGUAGACGCGAUGGUACCACCGUGGCUGAGAGGCUUCAGGUGUGGAAAGAGUACAACGAUAACAUAGAAGCAGCUUCUCCCAAGAAACGGAAAGUGCCUGCGAAAGGAUCCAAGAAAGGGUGUAUGAAAGGCAAAGGAGGACCGGAGAAUAGUCGGUGUAGUUUCAGGGGAGUUAGGCAGAGGAUUUGGGGCAAAUGGGUCGCUGAGAUUAGAGAGCCGAACCGUGGGAGUAGGCUUUGGCUUGGUACCUUUCCAACGGCUGAAGAAGCUGCUUUGGCCUAUGAUGAGGCGGCUAGGGUUAUGUAUGGUCCGUCGGUGGCGAGGCUUAACUUCCCUCAGAAAUCUGUGUCUGAUGUAAUAAGUACGUCGAGUCAGUCUGAGGUGUGUACUGCUGGGACUUCAGGGCGUGUCCACGUGAAAACAGAGGAUGCAGAUUGUGAUUCUGAGCGCUUCUUGGGUGAAGCUAAUCCCUUGGAGAAUGGUGUUGGAGAGAUAAAGAAUGACGUCAAGGUAGAUGCUCCGAGCACGGAUUGGCUGGGUGAGUUUGAACAGAAGUAUUGGAGCGAAGUUCUGGAGGAGAAAGAGAAACAGAAACAGAAACAGAAGAAGCAAGUGGAAACCUGUGAGAAACAGCCGGAUUCACUGUCUGUUGCGGAUUAUGGGUGGCCAGAGGAUCUGGAUCAGACUCAGUGGGACCCGUCGGAGAUGUUUGAUGUUUCUGAGCUUCUAGGUGACUUGAAUGGCGACAUUUAUACAGGCUCGAACCAGAGUCAGUACCCGUGGGACAACGAAGCUCAGCAAACUGGACUUCAAGGCCUUGACUCUGGUUACGAAUUGCCUCCUCUUGAGCUAGAGGUACAGGAUGGUAACGAGUUGUUCGAUCUGAGUUUCCUGGAUCUGGAGAAGUGAAAGAGAGUGUAGAUACGUUUUUAGAUUUUGUUAUUUGCCUUAAACCCAUCGUGACUCUUUGAGACUCUAUUGAGUUUUUAGUGAUAUAGAGAAUCUCACAAGACUUGAGAGAAGGGAACUUGUAUAUACUGAGAUGAAGUUUCGUGUAAUAAAGUUAAUAACACUGUAACAGAGAAAGUAGGACCCUACUAAACUGCUUCUCUUUCGUUCUUUCA